AUGGCUUCUGCAACUAAGGGUGAGGGGAAGAUUGCACUUGAUCUUGCAUCAUGGAUGUUCAAUGUAGUCACAUCUGUAGGAAUAAUCCUUGUCAACAAAGCACUCAUGGCUACACAUGGUUUCACUUUUGCUACAACGUUAACUGGUCUGCAUUUUGCAACAACAACCUUGUUAACAACUUUUCUUAAGUGGAACGGAUACAUCCAAGAAACUCAUCUUCCUUUGCCUGAUGUUAUCAAAUAUGUCUUGUUUGCAAAUUUCUCUAUUGUCGGAAUGAACGUUAGUUUAAUGUGGAACUCUGUUGGUUUCUAUCAGAUUGCUAAGCUGAGAGUUGCUGUUUGUACUGUCACUGAUGUGAGUGUCAAUGCUAAGGGUUUCAUUUCUGCUGUAGUGGCAGUUUGGAGCACUGCACUGCAACAAUAUUAUGUGCAUUUUCUGCAGAAGAAGUAUUCUCUUGGAUCUUUCAAUUUGUUAGGCCAUACAGCACCAAUACAGGCAUCAAGUUUACUACUAGUUGGCCCGUUUCUCGACUAUUGGUUAACAAAUAAACGAGUUGAUGCAUACAACUACGGUUUAACAUCCAUUUUGUUCAUUGCUCUGUCGUGCACAAUCGCGGUUGGAACAAACCUAAGUCAGUUCAUAUGCAUUGGAAGGUUCACAGCAGUAUCAUUCCAAGUCCUAGGUCAUAUGAAGACUAUUUUGGUCCUAACAUUAGGAUUCAUUCUAUUUGGAAAAGAGGGUCUCAAUCUACAAGUUGUUGUAGGCAUGAUCAUUGCUAUACUAGGAAUGAUUUGGUAUGGCAAUGCAUCUUCGAAGCCGGGAGGAAAAGAGUCUCGAAGCGACUUGUCCAUUCCUAUUCCUACCACAAAAACACAAGAUUAUAAAUUACUACCAGUAGUAUCUGAUGAAACUAAUGAUGUAGAAGUGUAG